AGACCUCCAUUUUUUCCUUCAGGAGUUCCAUCGAAAGCCAGAAGCAAAAGGACAAGAGCCGUUAAACGCGUUUGGAGACUUGGUUCACCGCUCACCCAAUCCUCACCACCGUCUUCUUCGGCAUCUUCUCCUGGGUUUUCUUCGACACCUUGUCUUAUCUUUACCAAUACGGUUCAAACCAUGGAGUUAUUCGAUUUUGCUGAACCGCCCAUGAAGAAGCAGAAGAAGAAACCGGCGGUUCAAACCGGUAGCGCGUCAGGUGGUUCCCAGUUUCAGCGUCGGUGCAGCCACUGCCAGGUGCAGAAGACCCCGCAGUGGAGAACCGGUCCACUCGGUGCCAAAACGCUUUGCAACGCUUGUGGGGUCCGGUACAAGUCCGGCCGGCUUUUCCCAGAGUAUAGACCGGCCUGUAGUCCGACUUUUUCCGGCGAUGUUCAUUCGAAUAGUCACCGGAAAGUGUUGGAGAUGAGGAAGAGAAAGGAGAUGAUGACUGAACCGGAAUCCAUGUUGACCCAGAUGGUAUCAAGUUUUGGAUAGUCUAACUAAUAAAAUGGGCAACAUGUGAACCGGGUUGUACCGCGUUAGUUUUUUCAUCUUUGGUCGUAGCCGUAGGAUCUUAGUUAUAGCUGUCAGAUUUUUUAUUUAUAUUUUUAUUUUUAUACUGGUUGUGAUAGUGCUUAGUAUAUUAUUUGAAGGUACGUUUGAUGAAAGAGGGUAAGAGGUUUAUUAUCUUUCCAUUUC